UCUUGGGGCUUCAAAGCCUCUUUGCUUUCAAAUUUCCAGCCUGCAGGGUCGCGCCGUCGCUGCAGCAAGAGCUGCUUUUUCUUCUCAGGCUUAGCCUGAGACUAAGCAGCUGGGGCUGGCUGGCUACCGAGCCUUUGGUGACCUUCUGCAGAGAUUGUCUGCUCCACAUUCUGAGGUUUGCCUUGACCCCAGAGGAAAGCAGAGCCUGGAACUGGUAAGCACGCUGGUCAGCUCGUGUUCUGGACCAUGGACUCGAUGAGAAUCCCCCUAAUGUGAAAAUGUCGAACACUAACAGGGAAUUAGUGAUUGACUUCCUCUCCUACAAGCUAUCGCAGAGGGGACACAGCUGGAGCUGGUUCGAGGGGGAGGAUGAGAUCAGGACUGAGGCUGCAGAAGAGGCGGAGAUGGCAAGCGUCCCUAAUGGGAGUCCAUCCUGGCAUCCAGGUGCCAGCCACGUAGUGAACGGGGCUGCCGGGCACAGUAACAGCCUUGAAGCCCAUGAAAGGGUUCCGGCAGCCGAAGUGAGGCAGGCGCUGAGAGAGGCAGGAGAUGAGUUUGAAUUGAGGUAUCGGAGGGCUUUCAGUGACCUCACUUCCCAGCUCCACAUCACCCUGGGCACGGCUUACCAGAGCUUCGAGCAGGUGGUGAAUGAACUCUUCCGGGACGGAGUGAACUGGGGGCGCAUUGUGGCUUUUUUCUCCUUUGGAGGAGCCCUGUGCGUGGAGAGUGUGGACAAGGAGAUGCAGGUGUUGGUGGGACGCAUCGCCUCUUGGAUGACCACUUACCUGACUGACCACCUUGAUCCCUGGAUCCAAGAGAAUGGCGGUUGGGAGCGCUUUGUGGAUCUCUACGGGAACGAUGCUGCUGCCAAGAGCAGGAAAGGCCAGGAGCAGUUCAACAGGGGGCUGCUGACGGGGGCGACUGUGGCCGGCGUGCUCCUCCUGGGCUCGCUGCUGAGCCGCAAGUAGCCGGACACGGACUCCUCCCCCAGCGCCAGGAUGGCUCCGGGCCCCUGCGCUCCAGAGCGGCGGGACCAUUCCAAGGGCAGCACCCCUGCCUGCCCCAGCGCCUCGCCUCGCCUCCUCUCCCCGGUGCCACCGGCUCCCGCUUAGCCUUGUCUCCAGUCACUGUUGCUUUUAAAAGCCCCUGAGCCCAAGGCAGCUGUCCUGCACCCUGCUCCCUGGCGGCUGCUGGGGACUCCCGCCUGCGCCCCGUGUCCCAAACAGCAGGGCUUGGGGGUGGAGACUGCU